GUAGAAAAAAUACAAUCAAGUAUUGCAAGAAAAAAAAGUGCCAGAAUACGAGUAGGUUGGAAACACUACAAGAAGACAAAGUACAACUCGGCAUACAAACAGAUUUACAUGCAGGAAGGUGGGGGGAUACGUGAUAUUGAAAUGCUUUCAUUAGAAAUUAGCACAGAAAUGAUACUAAAAGCAUCUAUUGAGGUAUUUUUUCCAAAUGGAAUUUCAACUUUUGGAAAGAUUGAUGAUAUGGAGUAUGUCUUGGGCAAUUUUUGUGGUAGAAAAAUUAGCAUGUUUGUCGACCAGGAUGGCGGGCCAGGCACAUAUAAUGAUUACUUAAAAGUGCAUGGGUUGUUCACUUCGAGAAAUACUAUGUAUUUGAUGACCAAGUCUAAGGAGGCAGAUGAAGACAUAGAUGACUCUCAGAAGACUGGAGAAGUGGAGUCAGAUGUCAGAGUAACUAAUACUGGUGUAAGUGCUGAAGUACAAAGUCUUAGUGGAGGUACUGGUGUAAAUGAAGGAGAGAUUAGCAUGGCUGAAGCUAAUACUGAUAUAGGUACAGAGGUACAAAAUCUCAGUGGUGGUAUUGGUGGAGUUAUAGGAGAAACAAGUGUGGCUGAAACUAACACUGUUAUAGGUGCAGAGAUGCAAAACCUUAUUGAAUGUACUGGUGUAGAUGAAAGAGAGAUUAGCAAGUCCGAAGCUAAUACUGGUAUAGGUACAGAGAUACAUAGCCUUAUUGGAUGUAUUGUUGUAGAUGAAUGCAAAACAAGUGUGGCUGAAUCUAAUACCAAUGUAGGUGAAGAAGUACAGAGCCUUAGUUGUGGUAUUAGUAGAGAUACACAGGAAACAAGUGUGGCUGAAACUAAUACUGGUAUAGGUACAGAGAUACAUAGCCUUAUUGGAUGUAUUGGUGUAGAUGAAGGCAAAACAAGUGUGGCUGAAACUAAUACUGGUAUAGGUGCAGAGAAGCAAAGUCUACCUGGAGCAGGUGGUACUGAUGUAAGAGAGCUCACAGAUAGUGGUUGCAGUACCAAAGAAGGUAAUUUGGAUAGCAAUUCACAUCAUUUGUUUCCAUUAUCAACUGAAGGUAAAAUAAUUGAUAACAACAGUAUCCUCCACAUCAGGUAUUCCACAACAAAUGAGUCAAGAUAUAGUGAUAAAGUAGUUACACUAAACUGUUUUCAGCGGUCAUCCUGUCGAGAGUUUACUGAAGUUAACUGUCCUGCUCUCAAUGAGUAUGAUCCCAUGAACUAUGGAUUCAGGGUUACACACAUAGCAAUUGGACAGACUACAUAUCUAGAUACCGCUUAUGAUGAAUGUCACAUUUAUACCUCCUAUCCAUCGGCACAUAAUAUUAAAGAUGAUAUAAUUCUUCACCAUCCUAAUGAGAUAUUUGAUUAUGAUGGGAAUGAAUUCAUUGUAGGCAUAGUAACAAACAACCAUGGUAGAGAUGACGUAAUGUACUCAUGGUAUAGAGAUGGUCAACUGAUGCAGUAUGGACAACAUCUGUGUGUUAUUGCAGUACAUAAUCCAGGAGUCUAUCAGUGCAAGAUCACCAUUGGUGAAGGUGAGGAAAAUGUAGCUGACAUAUCAAAACCAAUCCAGAUAGUGGAAUUCAAACAACCCUAUAAACGAUCAUGCAGUGGCAGCUAUACAAUGGAUACAUGUUCAGCAGACACAUCUACUGAUAAUGGAGCUAUUCCUGAAAUUACACGAGAAGAAUUUGUGAUGGCAGGUGAAAUUGGUCGUGGUGCUUUUGGCACAGUUUACCAAGGUGAAUGGACAGGGACUCCAGUUGCAAUUAAAUACAUGCAAAUAAAACGCAUGAAAACGCAGAUGCUGAAAAUUUUGAAGAAUGAAAUCAAAGUAAAUGAGAGAAUUCGCCAUCCAAAUAUUGUUCAGUUGAUUUCAGUGUGCUAUGAGCCUUCUGGAAUAUAUCUUUUAUCAGAAUAUAUUGAAGGAUAUAAUAUGGAAGAUUGUGCAUUUGAUGAUGAUAUCAAAAAAAUAAUGAAACUUUCAACAGAAAACAAGAACAACAUUGCCAAGCAAUGUUUGCAAGGGCUGGCAUACCUUCAUACACUAAAGCCUCCUAUAGUUCACCAGGAUAUUAAACCAGCAAAUGUUGUGAUUGCAGCAGCCACUUAUCUCACUAAAAUAUGUGAUAUGGGCAUGGCUAAGGUAAAAUCCAUUCAAAGUGUCACCUCAAACACUAUGGUUGGCUAUUGUGCUGGUACCCCAUCUUACAUGGCACCAGAAUGCCUUCUCCAUAAAGAAAAAGCCAAGACUGCGUCUGAUGUAUGGUUUGUAGGUAUGACUCUUAUUGAAUUUAUGACAGAACAAGAUGCUUGGAAUAUUGAUGAUGAUGAGGUUGAAGAUCCUUUAACCAUAAUACUACAGAUGAUGAGUGAAAAAAGAAAACCCCAUAUAAAGGAUUCCAUGAACCACUAUAAUAUACUAAACAGAUGCGUUGAAUAUGUUCCAUCAGUGCGUCCUUCAGUGAUUGAAGUCUUGUCAGCGUUUCAGUAA